AAUUUGAAGGAAAAUUUUCUGGAAACUAUUCAAGAAGAGUUGAUUACAGAAAAUCAACUUUUUUUAAAUAAUUCAGUUGAAAGUUUUUUUAUGAAAGAUUUUGAACGUCUAUUUCUCAACAAUGAGGAAGUUACCAUUAAUCAACGAAUAGAAUUACCAGCAAAACAUACUAUUGAGGAAGCAAAGUUGCAUAUGUUGGUUAAAUUACGUAGACCUUAUAUAUCACUUGCCAUAAUUUACGCAAUGGAAUACCAAGAAGCAAAUAGCAAAUUUCCGAGCCAUAAAGUUCUACGUGGCCUCAUAGAUAAAAAAAUACAAGAACUUUUCGGAAUUAGUAAUCAGCAUGAAAGAAGAUAUUGGGCAGAA